AUACCAGAAACAGCUGUUUGGGGCCGCAUUGUAUAGUUGGUUUUUCGUCUAUAAAUUGCGAUUAUAAAUAAAAGUUUAUAAAAUGCGCAUCACACAAUAUCUAACUAGUAAAUUAAAGAACUUCUCAAAUCUGCCAAAAGAAUAUAUUGAGCGGAGCAAAAAGCAGGUAUAUUGGAAAACACCUGCCGAGAAAAACUAUCUGCAAACUACUGUUGAGCGGAAGCGUUUUCGCUAUACCACAAACCGCUCAUGGACAGGCCACUUCCGUCAACAGAAUAUGCCGGGCACUAUGCGACGAAAAGUAUUUGUAGAGCCCGUUGAGGAUUGGAGCUUCUUCCGAGGCGAUCGCAUUGAAGUGUUGGUCGGCAAGGAUAAGGGUAAACAGGGCAUUGUCACUCAGGUAAUACCCGAACGCAAUUGGGUUAUUGUGGAGGGUAUCAAUUGGCAUUACCGGCGUGUGGGCGCUGAAAAAGAGUUCCCCGGCAUUAUUAUCAAGUCCGAGGCGCCGCUUCAUGUCACCAAGGACAUACGUCUUGUGGAUCCAUCCGAUCUCCAGGGCACCGAAUUCGAAUGGCGCUUCACCGAAGAGGGUGAAAAGGUGCGAGUGUCCACGCGUUCGGGCCGCAUCAUACCAAUUCCAGAGACGAAUAACCAAACGUAUGAUUACAAAACACCCAAUGCGUAUAUCGAGCGUGAAAAGGAUACUCCAGCUGCCGUCGUUAGCGAAAUUACCUUCCAGCCGAAACUGGCGACCUUUGAAAUGGACAUAAUGGAGGAAAUGGGCAUAAAGGAGGAACGUACGCCGGCCAAGAGCUAUUGGUAUUAGACAAUUGUUUACUUCUGUUUUGUUCAAUAAAAAUAAAUAAAUAAAUGUUAA